CAAACACACACACACAAAAGUGACAAAACACAAACAGAAAUGGGGAUAAAGAGCAAGGUUUUGAUCAUUGGUGGCACUGGAUACAUAGGGAAGAGAUUGGUGAAAGCCAGUUUACAACAAGGCCAUGAGACAUACGUUCUCCAACGACCCGAAAUCGGUGUUGAUAUUGAAAAAAUCGAGAUGCUGUUUUCCUUCAAGAUGCAAGGAGCUCAUUUGGUAAUCGGUUCGUUUGAUGAUCAUCGAAGUCUCGUAGAGGCUUUGAAGAAAGUAGACGUUGUCAUAUGCGCAGUAUCGGGUGUGCAUAUCCGCUCGCAUCAAAUUCUCCUUCAGCUUAAACUUGUUGAUGCCAUCAAAGAAGCUGGAAACAUCAAGCGAUUUUUGCCGUCGGAGUUUGGUACGGAUCCUGCAAGGAUGGCGGAUGCGAUCGAACCAGGACGAGUGACCUUCGACGACAAAAUGGUGGUUCGGAAAGCCAUUGAAGAUGCUGGGAUCCCUUUCACCUACGUAUCAGCGAAUUGCUUUGCUGGUUACAUGGUUGGAGGCUUGUGCCAACCAGGCUAUAUUCUUCCUUCACGGGAAUCUGUCACAUUGUUUGGGGAUGGCAAUAAAAAAUCAAUAUUUGUGGAUGAAGAUGACAUAGCAGCAUACACCAUCAAAACCAUAGACGAUCCCCGGACUCUUAACAAGACCCUCUAUCUCCGGCCACCGGCAAACAUUCUUUCACAAAGGGAAGUUGUGGAACUUUGGGAGAACCUCAUUGGAAAACAACUCCACAAAACAUCUCUCUCCGAACAAGAAUUUCUUAAUAUCAUGAAAGAGCAAGACUAUGCGGAGCAGGUAGGGUUGACUCAUUACUAUCAUAUAUAUUACCAUGGAUGUCUUGCAAAUUUCGAGAUCGGAAAAGAUGCCGAAGAGGCUUCUAUUCUCUACCCUGAAAUCAAAUACAUCAAAGUAGAGGACUACCUCAAGAGAUACCUUUGAUUGUCAUAUUCAUGCUUGCAUAUUAAUUGUUUGUGUUUUUCAUGUGUACAGCCCAAUGUGCUGUUACCAACAUUGUACCAAAAUGGUUAUUUGAAACUUGAAUUUACGUGUUAUAUUAUAGCUAUAUAUAUCUAAUAUAUCA